AACAUGAUAUCUAAGCAUACACCACUGACAUAAGAAAGGGAGGGGCUGCUGCAAAACACAUUGACAGAAUGAAUGCAAAGAGCCUAAAGAACACUUCCUGUUGAUGCAAAAAUUGCAGCAGUAACUCUGACACAUCUGGACAGGAGAGGGGGGGAGGCCUGGCUGUAGUGUUAGCGAACUACUGAGGGGAAUGGACAACUUUUAAUGCUAAUCUGGAAGAAGGCUGUCGGCAAACUGGAGAAACAUAUCCAAGAAAUGGACGACGGCAGCUACAUCGAGUUUGAUGUGCCGGAGUUCAGCAACACUGUUCUGACCCAGCUCAAUGAGUUGCGGCUUCAGGGGAAACUGUGUGACAUCAUCGUUCACAUCCAGGGCCAGCCAUUUCGAGCUCACAAGGCCGUCUUGGCUGCUAGUUCACCCUACUUCCGUGACCACUCGGCCCUCAGCACGAUGAGCGGCCUCUCCAUUUCGGUCAUCAAAAGCCCCGAGGUGUUCGAGCAGCUUCUGGCUUUCUGUUACACAGGUCACAUGUCCCUGCAGCUCAAAGAUAUUGUAAGUUUCCUCACCGCCGCCAGCUUUCUGCAGAUGCAGUCCAUAAUUGACAAGUGCACCCAAAUCCUGGAGAGCAUCCAUUCCAAGAUCAGCCUUCCAGUUAGCGUGUCCAGCCCCGAGAAGGACAGCUUCCAAUCAAACCACAACGGGUUGAAUGACAGCAACCUCUUCAUAAACCCUACCCAGAUCUCCCCCCCUUAUUACUCCCGGCAGAGUCAAGCAGGCCAUGAAGCGCGGUUGGAUCUUGCUGGAAAAGGCCAGGGCCGGGCACGGCAGCAGCAAGAGGAGGGUCAGUCGGACCGGGGCAGUAAUGACAGCGUGUCCGAGCACGAGGCCCCGAUAGAGGGCGAAACCGAGCAAAUAGAACUGAUCGGCAAGGACGGGCAGGUGACGGAUGUGCAUGUGAAGAUAGAAAAGACCGACAGGCCAACUUACUCAGACAGCUCCUCAGCCGGGGACGACGGCUACCACACAGAGCUAGUGGAUGGGGAACAGGUUUUAGCUGUCAGUGUGGGUUCUUAUGGUCCCGUCAUCCAGCCCGCCACCUACUCUUUCUCAGGACUGUCCUCCCCGUGCUUCGUCAACCUCAGCAGCUCCAGUCCCUCUCGUUCACUGCUCAGUGGUCUCAGAGGCGGCCGAGCCAGAGCCAAGCGCCCACUGGCCAUCCCAGCGGAGGUGCUAAGCCAUAUGAAAGCGGGCUCAGACGAGAGCGAGCCCGCCGUGGGAGCCACCGGUUUGGAGAACGAUGUGCGUGAGCGCAGCCUGCGGAGUCAGUGGUACCCCUACAACGAGAGGCUCAUCUGCAUCUACUGUGGGAAGACCUUCAAUCAGAAAGGGAGUCUGGACCGCCACAUGCGCCUGCACAUGGGAAUCACCCCAUUUGUUUGCAAAUUCUGUGGCAAGAAGUACACAAGGAAAGACCAGCUAGAGUACCACAUCCGUGGCCACACGGACAACAAGCCCUUCCACUGUCAGAUCUGCGGGAAAUGCUUCCCAUUUCAGGGCACCUUGAACCAACACCUGAGGAAGAAGCACAUGGGGGCAUCAGAGGUUAACAAUCACGCAGACUCCCCAGACAGGACGGAGGGAAGCUCAGGUCAGAAGGACCAAGAGGAUACCUCAGAGGGGAUGGCCUUUGAGGCCCAGUAUGCAGAGGAGGCACCAGCCAAUGAUAUGGAGGAGAGUUCAAAAUGCAGUCCAGAGGAAGCUCAAGCAUCCAGAUGUGAUUUUUAGGUCCUGCUUCAGGUUAAGGAAGCUUUAAGAAAUGUUUAUUUUAACUCAAGUUAUAAAGGACUCACUUCUAUUUGAAUCAGAUCCCUCUGCUAUGGACAAAUCUCGUGUCAAAGGUUUCUGUCAGUUUUACUAGUUAGAUGCUAAAAGCAGAGAGAAAAUGGGUGCUUUAUAGAAAGUCUUUCAAGCAAAGGGAGUAACAACUUGCUAUUUUCGAGGUGGUCCCAAUAAUCAAGACCGCCGAUUGAUUUCUCUUUUUAUCUUUCCAUGUUUUUUAAAACAUAUUUACAGAGUUAUAUAGGCAUGUUGCAAUAAUUGAUAAUGUGAAAGCUCUGGUAAGAUGCUUGUCAUAUCACCUUUUUACCUGACCUGUUUUUGCACAUGUGGCCACUGGAGGUCACUUACUCACAAGGAAUGAUUUUUCUGCCAGUGCAAAGCUUCGUGUGACAUAUCCGUUCAAUACCUCAUAAUGCAACUACAUACUCAUAACAGGCAGUAUUUUAUCAUAGAUGAAACUCACCAGGUUCUACCUCAUAGCCAAGAACCUAUCAGACACAGAUGUUUGAUUUGAAAUCCGUUUUUAUUUUAUCUCUGUUUUUGUACAGUUUAUUUUGUUGCCAAACCCUGUACAGAAUAUUCUUUCAACACAAAGCCUUGAUACUUUGGGGAAAUAUUCCUUGCUGAUUGUAUGGAUUAGGGACAAAGUCCUUGUCAAAUGUUCCGUGGUCAGCCAGGUUAAAAUGAUGAUCAAGAAGGUGCUAUGUUAAGAGUGCAUUAAAUUUGCUAGCUUAAUUGUGCUUUUUGGGCAAACGUCGAGGAUGGAUUUAGAAAAUGACCCCUUUUAGCCUCGUUUUUAUGUCUUGUAGUAUUUGUUACACAGAGCACGAUUCUCUCACUCAUCACUACUGGGAGUCUCACUGAGUCAACCAAGGUUGGUUUAAGUCGCUGCCAUCCAUACAAGGGGUGAAUUACGUCCAUUCAGUGAAGUCCUUUUUCUCCUUCUACACAUCUGUGGGGGGAAUAUGCUCGCUUUAGCUUGAGGAAGGCUUCCAGUGCAGUACGCUGUGUUUGACAGAGAGAGGAGGGGUCGUCGUCAUCUUAGUACAAAAAUGAAUAGUCUGAACUAUAUGCAAACAGAAAGUACAAAGGAAUCUCAGCCAUUGGGACAUGGUUUGUAUUCCACUAGCAGCAAACGUUUAGUUUCUUCCUGCGUCCUGUUGUGUUUCAGAUCCGGAACACGGCCUGCUCGUUUGUUAGCCCCCGUUUGUUUGCGCCGUCACAGACGUGGCUCUCCUGAAUCAAGGCUAAAAAGAGAAAUGUUUUAGAUAGGUGUUUAGAUUCCAAAUCUUGAUGCACUUUGCAGAGUGAUGUGUGGGCCGGGUGCUGCCCCGGUGAUGAGGCGUGUGAACGGCCUCAGAGGAGGAGUCUCCUCACAGCAGUGCGUCUGACUCCCAGCCCAAACGUCUCCAUCUCUGAGGGCGCGCUGCGGUCUCAUCACUAUCGGCUCCAAGCCAGGCAUGUGGCCACAGCGCGCUCCUCUCUCUGGGCUGCGGGCUCAGGUAUGGUGGAUUCUUCCUGAGCAUGGGAUAAUAUUCAUGCUGAUUUAAAGAGAAGUUUUCACUGUUAAAAGGCACUUAGAAAAAAUGAUGGUUUGCUAAUUUAAAGCUCCGCUGGGUGGUCCUCUUUGUGCUUUUCUGCUUUUCCUGUUUGCCAUCCAGCUGAUGAAAGCCUUUUUAUUUUUAAAGAGUACCUGCUAUAUCCUUUAAUUGUCUCCUAUCUGGUCCAUGCUUAAUUUGUGUCAAAGAAAUUAUCAUUUUACAACUUUCAUAUAAUUUUAUACUCGGGUGUGUUUUUGGUGGGAGGAUAUUCUGUCUUGUUGAUCUUUGUUUAACAAAUCCUUUUUUGUUGUUGUAAUUACUUAAUUACUCUGAAUGUGCUGUCGACAUCCUUAUUAACACUUAAGAUGGCAAACCAAAAUUUGGGGAAUUAGCAAAAAUCGGUGUAGCUAGCUUUUCUUCAUCUCUGUGUACGAAUCGAUCACAAACCCUUCCGGCUUUCACCGUCAGCGCUCCGUCGGCCUGGGCAGUUCUUACCCAGAAACCUUUAUUUCUGUCACAGGCUGACCGCUGACCCGACAACACAACCAUGAGCCGAACACGACAGUAACGGUUCCUUACCUUCAUUUAGACAAAAGGAACAAUGUGCGUACUUUUUGCCAUUGUUAUAUCCGUUUUCUGAAUAAUGGGCAAAAACUGCUACUAUGAUUUUGUGCCGAGACAUCACACCAAAGACAACCUGUCAAUUUUGACUACUAUAUAAUCAAAUGCUCACGUACAACGAUAGGCCCUCAAUUUGAUUUGGCACUACUUCAUUGGCAUUUUAAAGUAAUGUUUGUUUCCCAGGUAAAACUUAAACUUCUCGAACAUUUAAGGGGACAUUCAGUAGGAAAGUCAUAAUUUGUAUACAUGUUAAAGCCAUACGACAGCUGAGUAUAACAAAGUUGUGCGGUGGGUUUCGCAGAAGUUAAAAGCCCAUGAUAACAAAAGAGAAAAUACUCCACAGAGUGGCAUCUUAAACUUAGUGCCUUGCCACGAGCUUCUCAGUUCAGAUUCGGGCACUGAUUCUGGUGCCUCCUUUCAUUUCACAACACAUGGAGAAUAAAACGGUCACUACUGGUGCCAAUAAGGUUUUUUUUGUUUGUUUUUUGUUUUUUAAGAAGAACAAAAUAGAAUUCACUGCUUGGCGGCGGGUGGGGAGGGAUGCUGAUGUUAAUGUGUGACUGGUUUUCUAGCUGUGGAUCACAAUCAAAUAGGGCAGAGUCCUGCAGCCGGAGCCCCCCCGCUCAGAGGCUUCAGGAAACCUCUGCCUGGAUAUUUAGUAGAUAAUCAACACACAAAAACUUACUGUAGCCAAAUUGUAUGUUGGUUAACCACAAUUAGCAUCAGAUUGCCAUUUUCUUUUUUUGAAUUUUUUUUAUUUUACCUCACGAUUGUAUUUUUCAUUGAUUGUUCACUCUGUUUGUUUUUGUUUAGUUUUUUAUUUUAUUUAUUUUUUGGGUCAAAACUACAUACCAACCAGUCCUCUGUAUCUGCUUAUAUACCUUAUAGUAACUCAGUUUUAAGUCCCUCUAUUAUUACUGUAGGUGGGGACGUUUUUCUCAUCAGUGGUGCUUUUUUUGAUAAGUCAGGUUUUUUUUCAUCCCGGUUAGUUUUAAUGAAUGGUGGCAGAAUUGUUAGGCUUUUUUUUUUUUUUUUUUUUUUCUUUAGAUAACUCUCACAACCAACUCAACUCUGUUUUUGUUCCACUGCUCCAAGAGGAACAGGACGUGCAUUUUGGGCCACAAGUAAUCAAAAAGAAGUGUUUACAAGGAAAGCUGUCAGACUACUUUUUUGAAAUUGCAGCUCGUCCUUUUAUAAUAAACUCACUUCAGGUAGUUUACGAACACUGAUACAGGCUUAGAAAAAAAAAAUCGCGAGUCUUCCAUAGCUUUUCUGUCAGUUCCUGUCCACUGUGUUAUUAUUGAAAGAAAAGCAAUAACCUCUUUGAAAGUGAAAGUGGAGCAUUGAGAUCAUCAAGGCGAUUGAAAUAUUGGCCUGUCAUGUUUCAAACAAUCUAAACGUCAGGGAGCUGAAGUAGGAUCGGGACGGCUUGGUAUUGAUUUACUAUUUUAUGUCAUUUCUGAACCUCUCGACAGGCCCACACAAGGGGCCGUUGCCUCGAGAUGUCCUAAGUUUUCAUCAGAAACUCGGUGGUCGUCGGUAAACUGCAGCAGAGCAGAACCUGAGUGAGCGGAGAAGUCAUGAAAGAGCCAGGCCUCUCACUGAGUCAAACGAUUAAAGGGAUUCUAGGGCUGUUUUGCCACUGUUUGGGAGCGGGCUACCUGUUGGCAUGUUGAGGUUCAGUGAUCUCCCCUGGAUCUCCAGGCACCAAGACCAUAGUUGCAGUGGUUCAGGAUGAGGCGGGAAGCUUUGGGUCCUAGCUAUCGUUCCAUCUCCUUUUUGUAGUUCCCUAAACACUUCACUAUGACGUCUCUGGCGCGUAUGUAUUUGGUGACAAGGCAAAAAAGAGAAAAAGAAAAAAAAACAAUAUAGUACUCAGGGUAUUUAAUGCUAAAAAAAAAAGUGGUAUAAUUGGACAUACGUAGUGUGUCCGUAGUAUAAUUGUGCACUUCUCUUCAAGUGGGAAAACAAGUCUUCAGUCAGUGGUCCCUAACAUUCUGCCUCAAUGAGGUCUCAAUGAGCCCUUAUUUUCCACAGAGCUGAAGCUUGAGGCCCACUGGAGACCAUGAACUGAACCAUGACAGCAGAAAUGUCCAAGCUCCUAUUUUGUCCACUCUACACACAACCUCACAACCCAACUGUGAACCUCAGAACUCUACUGUUUUGUACAACUAUGAAGUAAAUGAAGCUAGCUAGAGCUGAUGUAUCUAUUGCCAUUUAUGAAUUUAUUUUAUAGCAUGAAAUAAAUAUAUUUAUUCAAAUUAUAUAUUUUACUCAUAAUCAUUCUGUGCUGCUUCAUUUUGGUUCUUAAGCUUGUAAAUUGCCUUUUUAUUAUAUAAAAAAUGUCCAUAGAAUUAUGCGUUUGUAAAAUAAAGGCGC